UCCCAGAAAAUGGCGAAGAACUACGAUUAUCUAUUUAGGCUUCUGCUGGUCGGUGACAGCUCUGUCGGAAAGACCUGCAUAAUUGUACGUUUUACAGAAAAUACCUUUACUCCUUCAUAUAUCACGACCAUUGGUAUAGAUUUCAAAAUAAGGACGAUUGAAAUCGAUGGCAGAAAGGUCAAACUUCAGAUAUGGGACACCGCUGGCCAAGAGAGAUUCUACACAAUUACUGCCACAUGUUACCGCAGAGCAAUGGGAAUCAUGUUAGUGUAUGACGUCACGAGCGAAAAGUCCUUCAAGGGCGUGGCAAGCUGGAUCAGCAAAAUUGCAGAAAACUGCGACAAAAACAUCAAUAAAAUCCUACUCGCUAACAAGUGUGACCUGAAGGAAAAGCGGGAAAUUACACGAGAGAGGGGCGAGGAACUAGCUGGUAGACUUGGGAUUCCUUAUGUAGAAAUAAGCGCGCUGUCAAAUUUAAAUGUGGAGGAAGCAUUCGCAACAUUAGCGAAAGACAUAUUUAAUAGCCUGUCGCAUUCUGGAGAAAAUGGAGAAACUGAGAACGAUUUUAAGCCAGCGAAAAAGUCAUCUUGUAUGUCGUGCUGACGUCAUUUGCCAUUUUUCAGUGAAAUGAACCAAAUAAUUUUACAUCUCCCUCAAAAUGAAGCCACCAGAAUUAUUUGCUUUAUAGGAGGGGCUGUAAAGUUUCUAUCGUGAAUAGUUUUAGGUUAGAAGAAAGAGAAGUAUAUGUAUGAAAUGCUAUAAAAAAUGUAGAUCACCUACUGAUACUGUAAUUUAUUAUUGCAGUUUAUUUAAUCUUUUUUUUGGUUCAGCUGGUGCACGUGCAAUUCGUCUGGACUGUUAGAUAUAGUAAUAUAGUAAUAUAGUUAUAGUUAUAGUAAUAGUAAUAGGGCUGAGUCGAGUCCAAUUCGGUCUGUAAUCGUAGGAGUGAUAAUUAACAAAAUGGACGACUGCGAAGCGGAAGUCCGAUUUGUUAAUUACGAGUAUCAUUAAUAGAUGAAAUCAGUCGGUUCAGCUUACACACGUGGAUGGCGGUUUUAGUUGACUUGGCGAUGUUAGCAUAGUCGACAGAUUCCUGAAAAACAUAUCCUUGCCUUAGUAAUGCAAGUUUAAUUGGUUUUUGAGUGAAACAUGAUAUAUCUUUUUUCUUCUAUUUAACUGUUUCUAACCUUUUUAAAAUUAUUUGCCAGAUAUCACA